CCCAGUUGAAGCUUCCAUAACAAUAGGCACAGGUAGUGACCAGGCUUUUCAUGUAUUACACCUCAGGCACUUUGCAGAGGCAAGAUAGUCUCGCUGCUGAGUCAUGAAUAUACACUAAAGAGCCGAAAGUAUUCCCUUCGAGCAUGGAACCAAAAAGAUGAAUGCUACGCCUGUUUAGAGUAUUUAGAUGAUGUUUAGUUUGUGAGGCGUAGCUGCAUGUGGUCAGCUGCAGCAAAAAAGGGGAUCAAUACAAAGACAAAGACAACACAGCCUCUGAGUAAACCACCGUGUUUUUGACAGCAUAUAAAAACCACGACGGCUUAGACUGCCUCUCAGACUCACACUACAUCAGGUAGGCUUACAGGAUGACGGCAAAAGACAGGGAGACAGAGGAGGCCCACCUGUCCAACACCAGUGCACCUGGUCAAGCGGGGAGCCCAUGUGAACCCGACCUGAACAUCUCUUCAAGUGGGGCUGUGAAGGAACGGGGUCGAAACUGGGGGUGGAUGCUGUCUGGGAUAAUAUGUGUCAACAUUUUGAUCCUCGGUUGUGCCCUGGUCAGCGGCAGCGCCUACAACAAUGUGAACAUCGGCACCCCUGACCUGCAGAUUUUCCUGAUCAUCCUCCUCCUACUCACCUCCAUCUGGAUGAUUUAUUAUGCCUUCUACACGGCCAGGCAAGAAAAUGCUGUUGUUUACAAGGAUGGCCAUGCUGGACCUAUAUGGCUCAGGGGAGGACUUGUGCUAUUUGGACUCCUCAGUAUUAUCAUGGACAUUUUCAAGAUAGCCAGCUAUGUGGGCUACCUCCACUGUGAUUCUGCUGUAAAGGUUGCAUUUCCCGUGGUGCAAUUUGUUUUCAUACUUGUGCAGACAUACUUUUUGUGGAUCCACGCCAAGGACUGUGUGCAGAUACAAAAGAACAUAACACGCUGUGGGCUGAUGCUCACCCUCUCCACAAAUCUAGUUGUGUGGAUGACUGCUGUCACCGAGGAGUCCGUUCACCAAACAACAAUUCCCGAUUACCCGAGCAACACCACUAAGCACACUGGACGAAGCAUGUACAUCAAUAAAGCGGGUUAUGGAGAUGAUAAGUGCAAGUGCAGCCACACUUCGUGCAGCAUCUUCAAGGACGCCUACUACUACUUGUACCCCUUCAACAUCGAGUACAGUCUCUUCGCCUCUGCCAUGGCUUAUGUGUUAUGGAAAAAUGUUGGUAGAAUAAUAGAUGAACAUACCCACCACCACAUCAAAUUUCGGCUGAAGGAUGUAUUUCUUGGUCCUGUGGCAGGAAUUCUCUUAGUGGUGGCAGGUCUGGCAACCUUCAUUGUAUAUGAGAUGGAAAUGAAAAAGGACUAUAGUGAUGAUGGCAAAAAGGACAAAGCAGUGAUGAUGCACUUUGUCAUGAAUAUAGUGAUAGUGACCCUGAUGUCUGUGUCCACUGUGAUUGGCUGCGCCAUCUUCAGGGUGGACCACAGGGAGCAUGUAUCGGACAAAAACCCCACACGCAGCCUGGAUGUGGGACUGCUGGUGGGGGCCUCACUCGGACAGUUCAUCAUCAGCUAUUACACAAUCGUAGCUAUGGUUGGAACUGGAGCCAAAGGUUACCUGAACAGGCUCAACCUGGCCUGGUCUAUCCUCAUGGUGAUCCAGCUCGGCCUACAGAACUUUUUCAUUAUCGAAGGUUUACACCGGGAGCCCUUCCAUGAGGUGCACCCGGUGGUCACUGUGGUUGCAAAUCCAUAUGUGCUGCAGCCAAGCAAAGAGCUGAACAACCCUGAGUUAUCAGAGAAGGACAGAAUUCCCAGCCCAGUACUGACAGCACACAACCAGCACAGCCACGCGGCUGAGCACAAACCCAAACUGUUGUGGAAGAGACGUGUGUUGAAGGAAGUCAGUGUGUUUUUGCUGCUGGGCAACGUCAUACUGUGGAUCAUGCCGGCCUUCGGAGCGCGUCCCCAGUUUGACCAUGACACCGAAACUGAUUUCUACGAAUUUAGCAUGUGGGCUGCUGUUGUGAAUGUUGGACUUCCCUUUGGCAUAUUUUACCGCAUGCAUUCAGUCGCGAGUCUGUUUGAGGUCUUUCUGACAUCAUAACGAUACUGGUGCAUAUGACGAGGACAGCCAACUGUUUUGACAUUAUAGAGAUGCUUUGUAUAAAUUUGUUUGUUUUGAUGAUGCUUAUGUUAUUUCUCUAGUUGUGAAGUAGAUAAUGACUGACAAAAGCCUCCUCUUACAUCUCUAAUAAUAGUCUAAUAUAUGUGAAAUUGUCCAUUAAAAGUUUGCCAGUUUAAAAAAAGAAAAUAAUUAUGAAGCUGAUCUUUUAUGACUGGUUUUAUGCUGUAGCCUGUGUAUGCACAAAAUAAAGACAAUGUAAUAAGCUAGGAAUAAAAGAGAAUGACUCGCUGUUCCCC